GGGUCCUCGGAGCGCUCGGGCUGCGCGCGGAGCGGGCUCGGGAGGGAAGUCCCGAGACAAAGGAGCGCCGCCGCCGCCGCCGCCGCCGCCUCGUCCGCCUCGCUCGCCGGGCCGCGGCCGCCCGAGGGACUUUGAACAUGUCGGGGAUUGCCCUCAGCAGACUCGCCCAGGAGAGGAAAGCCUGGAGAAAGGACCACCCGUUUGGCUUUGUGGCUGUCCCGACAAAGAAUCCUGACGGCACGAUGAACCUCAUGAACUGGGAGUGUGCCAUUCCAGGGAAGAAAGGGACUCCCUGGGAAGGAGGCUUGUUUAAGCUACGGAUGCUUUUCAAAGAUGAUUAUCCAUCCUCACCCCCAAAAUGUAAAUUUGAGCCACCACUGUUUCACCCGAACGUGUACCCUUCGGGAACAGUGUGCCUGUCUAUCCUUGAGGAGGACAAGGACUGGAGGCCAGCCAUCACGAUUAAGCAGAUCUUGUUAGGAAUACAGGAACUUCUAAAUGAACCAAAUAUCCAGGACCCAGCUCAAGCAGAGGCCUACACGAUUUACUGCCAAAACAGAGUGGAGUACGAGAAGAGGGUUCGAGCACAAGCCAAGAAGUUCGCACCUUCAUAAGCGGUGACCGCGUGGCAGCGUAAGAAGGAAGGGAUUGGUUUGGCAAGAACUUGUUUACAACAUUUUUGCAAAUCUAACGUUGCUCUGUACAAUUACUAGUCACCUGGGAGGGUGGGCGGGCGCCAUUUUCCAUUUCCGCCACUGGCACGCAGUCCUCGACUCGCUGAGCUGCCCGGUUUUUCAUACAGGGUCUCUUCCUUCAGUCUUUUGUAUUUUUGAUUGUUAUGUAAAACUUGCUUUUAUUUUAAUAUUGAUGUCAGUAUUUCAACUGCUGUAAAAUUAUAAACUUUUAUACUUCGAUGAGCCCCGAGGAGCUAGUUUCCUUUGCUCGCGGAUGCAGGCAUGCUUCCCACCGUGUAGCGCUACACGUAGCCUCCCGCCGGCCCCCCUCCCGCCUCGCUCCCCGCAGAACCCGGGUUGUGUUGCUUAUGAGCCUCAGAUCCAAAGGCAGCCGGCGUCUCGUUUCCGCAUCACUUCCUUUGUGUUUAUAUGGCGUUUUGUCUGUGUUGCUGUUUAGAGUAAAUAAACUGUUUAUAUAAAGGU